CGAAUUGUUUACAUUUUCAUCAGAACUAAAAUUACUUAUGGCUUCUCUUCAAAUGUUUAUCUUUGCAUUGCUUCUAGUUUACAGUCAAAGUGUCCCUACGCAGUUUUCAAAGCCCGGUUGUCCUGAGAAAUGCGGCAACCUAACAAUCCCUUAUCCGUUUGGUAUAGGAAAAGAGUGCUACUUUGAUGAUGAGUUUGAGAUUAGUUGCAAUAGCUCUACUCACGUCGCUUCCCUGCCUGCACUUGGCGGACUAAAUAUACAGAAAAUUUCACAAGAAAACAUCGUCGUUGAUGCUUUCAAUUUGCCAUUUUUGUUCAACAAAACAACUGGGGAAAAUCUCGAUGGGCCUCUUUUGGGAGAGAUUGAUGGAAGUCAUUACCAUUAUUCCAACACACAAAAUAAGUUGGUUUCAUUUGGUUGUGAUACUUUUGCAUACAUACAAGAUUAUAGUAGCAGACAGAUUGUAAGUGAAUGUGCGACGUUUUGCAAUGAUGGAAAUAAUAGUUCUUUCUCAGAUCUUGGACAUUGUGAAGCUGAUCUCAUCUCUCACCCAGGGAAGCAAUUCAGAGCAUGGAUGCAUACAAUGAACACGCCGAAAAAGUUAUAGAAGGGAAGAGAUUGUAACUUUCUGUUUAUUGUGGAAAAAGAUUUUUCUGUUUAUGAAAAAAUUGAUUUCACAAAUUGCGAAAAAGUGUACGUUUUUCCUCUAGCUCUAGAUUGGGCAAUUUCAAACACGACAUGCAGCGAUGGAAAUGUCAUUUGUGGAGAAAAUGCUGAAUGCAUAGAUCAUAAUGGAGAAAGGGGGUACUCAUGUGAAUGCAAACAAGGAUACACAGGAAAUCCUUAUCUCCCAUCGGGAUGCAAAGAUACUCGGGGUAAAAUCAAGGCUUAGGAGGAUGAUGUGAUGGAAUGUCUGCCAAAAACGGGAACGAGAUUGGCAACUUUUAACUACGGAGUUUUACUUAUUUAAGAGUUUCAAUUGUUAUAAUAAAGUGAUCGUUCUUAUAUAAUUUUAUUUGGAGUGUUUAUUUUGAUUGUUUGAAGUUUGAGUACAUUCCUUAAUCGAAGUGGUUAUAACAUUUGCUGCUUGGUUGGUGAAUGGUGAUAACAAGAUUCUAA